AUGCACCUGAACCCGAACAAAAGCGCUUUCGGCGUCUCUUCCGGCAAAUUCCUGGGCUUCAUGAUCAACCAAAGGGGGAUUGAAGUCAACCCCGAGAAUAUCCGAGCGCUCAUCGAUAUGCAGGUGCUGAGGAUGAAGAAAGAGGUUCAGAGCCUCAUCGGUCGAGUCGCUGCCUUGGCCCGUUUCAUAUCGAAGGCCACCGAUGGGUGCACCCCUUUCUUCAAAGCUCUCAAAGGGAGCAAACGGCAGGUCGAUUGGACUCUUAAAGCCUACAUGAGCAGAGCUCCUCUGCUAUCCACCCCUCUUCUCGGAGAUGACCUCAUCAUCUAUCUCUCAGUCUCGGCAUCGGCCCUGAGUUCUGUGCUCAUCCGUCGACCAAACUGCAUUGAGCUCCCUAUCUUUUAUAUGAGCCAUGCAUUACAGGACGGAGAGCAACGGUACCCCCAACUUGAACGGUUGGCCUACGCUCUCGUCCUCUCUGCGCGCAAACUUCGGCCCUACUUUCAGGCUCACAGCAUCGGUGUAUUAACCAAUCAACCCCUACGGCAAGUCUUGCAGAAGCCAGAGACAUUAGGACGACUGAUCAAAUGGGCCAUCGAGCUUGGCGAGUUAGACAUCAGGUAUCACCCUCGGCCUUCUGAAAAAGGACAGGCCGUGACCGAUUUCAUCUCAGAAUUCACAUUUCUAACCAACGAUGGUCAACCACUCAACUCUGUCACGGCACCACCUUCGACAUCUGUAGAUUCACCUUCGGCCGACAAUACGUUCGAUCAAAACAGCCCUCACUGGACAUUAUACGUAGACGGCUUAUCCAAUCGGCAGGGUAGCGGCGCAGGCCUAGUCUUCAAGACUCCAGAUGACACCACAAUCGAAUAUGCUAUCAGCUUCCAAUUUCGUGCUUCUAACAAUGAGGCCGAAUACGAGGCGCUCCUAGCAGGCCUUCGGCUUGCCCAAAGCUCGGGUGUUGAACGACUGAUGAUAUGUAGAGACUCCCAACUCGUCGUCAACCAUGUAAUCACCGAAUUCGCAGCAAAAGACGAAUCAAUGGCUGCCUAUCUUACGCAGACCCGCCGAUUGCUCAAAAGGUUCAAAACCUACUACAUUUGCCAGGUCCCCAUAUCUGAGAACAGCCACGCCGAUGCUCUCUCUAGGCUCGCUUCGACAAUCGACAACCGUGUCGGACGCCACGUCCCCAUAAAAGUUCUCGCUCGGCGGAGCACGGCCGAAGCCGAUGUCAACACCAUCCGUCAGGACCCUAGUUGGAUGGACCCAAUCCACGCCCACCUCACCGACGACAUCCUACCAACUGACAAAGCCGAAGCAAAGACAGUACGACGAUGA